AUGCAAGCGGAAGCCGAUGACGAAAAGGACAAGAAAAUACGAGAGUUGUACAGGUAUGAUGAGAUGUCUAAUAAGGUGCUACGGGCCGAUCGAUCAUUACACACACAGCGAUCAGAUCCACUGAAAGAUGCAGCGGAAUCACAGCCAAAAUCCAUGCUGGGCAGAAUAUCGGUGAAAGACAUGGGGGCAUCGGCGGCUCAAACACGUACUACAUCUUCUACGGAAAAGGAUACAUAUGGUCAGUCUGAAGGUGUCAUGAUAAGUCCAGAAAAUAUGAGAUCCAGGACCAGACCGCAGAAAGCCAAAAACAAUCGCAACGGUACCAAUUCUACUGUUCUUAGCGUCAACUCAAUGCUAAAAUUGAACUACAGGCCUUCAGAUGACGCCAAUACAGAACGCUACGAUGAGAUCGUGUACCUUGUCUCGUUAUUGCUGGGGGACGAUAUUCCGCAUGACAUCAUUUUAUCGGCUACAGACUACAUUUUGGAAACUUUGAAAGGUAAGAAAGACGAAGAAGGACUCCACAUGGACCGUAAAUUGUCCGAAAUCCAAGAAAACCUUUCAGUUUUUAUUUCACAAUCCAAAUUCCAUCAAAUAGUUGAUUUGAGCAAACAGAUAAGUGAUUACCAUCAAGAUAAUUCCCCUCAGCGAGAUUCCGAAGACGGUGUAGCCAUCCUGGCGAGUGAAGACGAAAUGGAUGAAGCGCAAGAAAUGGAUGGCGAGGAAGCUGGAAACACGUUAACGAAUGAACUUGAAGAGGCUGAAGAAGAUGAAGGGGAUGAUGUUAUAGACGACGAUGGAUAUGGUAAACUUCAGGGAAAAAGAAACAUGGAAAAUCAGAAGUGGCCCGCUGAGCCUGUUGCUAUAGAUGGCAUGGAGGUCAAGGACGAUACUCUGACUUUUGCUCAAGCGGAUCACCACAUUUCCAUGCCAAUUCACCAGAUUGAUGAUCUUUUCUUGCUGCGAUCGAUUUCAAAGAUAAUGAGAGGAACUUCAGAGCAAGACGUCCAAGUGUUGAAAGAAAAAGUUCUGCAAGCGCUGGGAGAAAAUUAUCUAGAAAAAAAUAAGCUGGAAGCGAAGCUCAAGGGCUCACUUCAAUUGAUGGACAGUUUGGUGAGAUUCUUGGUCGAGAAUGCUGCGAGGCUAUACUGGGGCGUAAGACUGUCAAGCUCAUCAGCGGAACAGAAAGCGGGGGUAAUAGAUGAAAUGCGUAAGCUUGAAUUGUCGGAACUCAUAGAUGAGUAUGCAUCAGGAACAACUUUGCUCAAGCGGAAACUUUCUCACGAUCCUCUGGCUGAAGAUCUCCCCAGCCAAGAGAGACCAAAGAAGCAAUCGAAGUCGAGUGUUCCAACAACAAUCAAUCUGCAACAGUUGGCCUUCGGGCAAGGAUCAGAAUUAUUUACCGCGGAGCGUGUGACUUUACCAGCUGACUCUUUCAAGAGAGUGAAAAGCUCCUACGAGGAGAUCCAUAUUCCACCACCACCGCAGCCAUCAACCAAAUUGGAGCCGGUGCCGAUAACAGAACUUCCAAAGUGGGCUAGAGGAGCGUUUCCAACCAAUGAGACUACUCACUUGAAUAGGAUACAGUCGGAAGUGUUUCCUUCGGCUUUCGGUAAUGAUAGCAAUAUGCUUAUAUGUGCCCCGACCGGAUCGGGUAAGACAAAUAUCGCUAUGCUGACAGUCUUGAGAGUCUUAAGUAACCAUCGCGAUGAAAGCCGCGGAACGUUCAACUUGAAAAACUACAAAAUAGUCUACAUCGCUCCGCUCAAGGCUCUUGUUCAGGAGCAGGUCAGAGAGUUCCAAAGAAGGCUUGCGGGUUUUGGAAUCAAAGUCGGUGAGCUCACUGGGGAUUCGAGCUUAACCAAGCGGCAGAUUGCGGAUUCUACUGUGCUGAUAGCGACACCGGAAAAAUGGGAUAUAACAACAAGAAAAAAAAGAGAUGGAGAUUUCACGAGCUUAGUAGAGCUCUUGAUUAUUGACGAGGUUCAUCUUUUGCACGAUGACCGUGGCCCUGUUCUUGAGGGUAUCGUUGCCAGAACUCUUCGUGACGCGACGGCUGCAGAGAAAACAAGAAUAGUGGCGCUUUCUGCCACUCUUCCAAACUACCUAGAUGUCGCUAGGUUUCUGCGGGCACCUAAACAGAAUGUUUUUUAUUUUGAUUCGUCUUUUAGACCUUGUCCUUUGGCACAGCAAUUUUGCGGAAUCACAGAGACAAACGCAGUUAAGAAGGUCAAUGCAAUGAAUCAAGCUUGCUAUGACAAACUGUUGGAGUUGGUAGAGCAGGGGCAUCAAGUCAUCGUUUUCGUGCAUUCUCGAAAAGAUACUGCAAGGACGGCUCUUUUUCUGAAAGACAAACUACAGGAGGAAGAAAAACUGAGCUACCUCAUCAGAUCUGAACCCGGAUCCAAGGAGGUCAUAAAAAGAGAGUCUGAAACCGUUUCGGACAAACACUUGGCUGAACUCAUGCAUUUCGGCUUUGGUAUACACCACGCUGGUCUCUCGAAAUCAGAUCGUUCCUUAUCCGAGGAUCUUUUUGCUGACGGUCUCUUGUCAGUGCUAGUCUCAACUGCCACACUCGCAUGGGGUGUCAAUCUGCCAGCGCAUGCCGUUAUCAUCAAAGGAACCGACGUAUACUCCCCGGAGAAAGGGACGUGGAUUCGUCUUUCACCGCAAGAUGUACUUCAGAUGUUGGGAAGAGCAGGACGUCCCCGUUACGAUACUUUUGGAGAAGGUAUAAUAAUCACUCAUCAGUCCAGUAUCCAGUACUAUCUUGCCAUGUUGAAUCAGCAGCUACCCAUUGAGUCACAACUUGUGGGUAAACUCGCUGAUAGUUUGAACGCCGAAGUUGUCUUGGGCAACAUAAAAAAUAGGAAGGAGGCUGUUGAUUGGCUUGGGUUCACUUACUUAUUUGUCCGCAUGCUGGUAAACCCUGAGCUCUACAAAAGCCCCUCGAGCGACGACGACGACGGUAUGCUUCUGUAUCGUGAACAGCUGUCACAUUCGGCUUUGGAAAUCCUAAAAGAACAUAGUCUUGUGGUAUAUGACGCAUUAACGGGGGCUGUAUCGCCAACGGUGCUUGGUAAAAUUGCCUCGCAUUUUUACAUCCAAUACCACUCGAUAUCGAUGUACAAUCGGUUAGUCAAUGAGCAUUUGACACCCAUAGAAAUCUUCCGCGUGUUUUCCAAAUCUGAUGAAUUCAAGUAUAUCCCUGUUAGACACGAAGAGAAAAUCGAACUUCAAAAAUUGCUGGAAAAGGCUCCAAUUCCAAUUCAGGAGGAUGCAUCUGAACCGAUUGCCAAAGUCAACGUUCUGUUACAAGCUUAUAUUUCUCGCACCAAAUUGGACGGUUUUGCACUGAGGUCAGAUAUGCUGUACAUCACACAAAGCGCUGCUAGACUGACGAGAGCUCUUUAUGAGUUAGCCCAUGCUAAGAAAUUACCUAGACUUGCCAAAUUCAUGCUAAACCUGUGUAAGUCUGUUGAAAAGAGAAUGUGGAUAACAGACUCCGCUUUGCGGCAGUUCAAAUCUUGUCCUCUGGAGGUGAUACGGCACACAGAGGCUUCUUUUCUGCCAUGGCAGGACUACUUCCGUUUAUCCUCACCUCGUGAAGUUGGGGAGGCAAUACGAUCGGAGAAAAACGGUAAACUCGUUUAUGAUCUUCUACAGAAAUUUCCACGGCUGGAGCUGAGCUGCUCUAUACAGCCUUUAACGCCUAGCGUGGUAAAGUUCGACCUUGAAAUAUUACCAAAGUGGACGUGGGACUCAAAAAUUCAUGGUCACAGUGAAAAGUUCAUAUUGAUGGUUGAGAAUGAAAUGGGUGACAAGCUUCUUUACGAAGAUAUACUAUCUGUGAGACAGAAAUAUGCGAAUGAGUUACAUUACCUGGACUUUUCUAUUUUUUUGAACUCUGAUCAACAACAGAGGCUGCCGCCCAACUUUUUCAUUUCUCUUACCUCAGAAAAAUGGCUUCACAGUGAGGUGAAAAUUCCGGUUCUGUUAGAUGAUGUCCGACUACCAAGAAAAUUUCCCGCACCAACACCACUACUUGACCGGGAAGCAGUACCGGUUUCUGAGUUAGGCGACCAAUUCUCUAAAAAAUUCGAUUUUCUCCACUUCAACAAAAUACAAAGUCAAGUGUUUCACUCUCUCUACGACACUAAUAACAGCGUGCUCAUUGGGAGUGCACCAGAUACCGGCAAGAUCGUAAUGGCUGAGAUAGCACUCCUUAAUCUAUGGCGUAACGGUGGAGGGCGAUCAGUGUUUGUGUCUCCAUCACAACAAAGAAUUGAUUUUAUCGCAGACAACUGGACCAAAAGGUUUAGUGAUGUAGCGGGACAAAAGGUCAUCAGCAAGUUCACUGACAAUAAUGUCAGCAAUCUUCAAUUGCUUGCCAGAAGUCAUUUAAUUUUGUGCACGCCCGAACAAUUCGAUUUAGCAUCAAGAAAAUGGAAGCAAAGGAAAAACAUUCAGAGCAUUGAACUGCUGAUAUUGGACGAGGUCCACAUGGUUGGCGAUGGUGAGGUGGGGGCAAUCUACGAAAGCAUUAUUUCUCGAAUGAACCUUAUUGCAGCGCAGCUGGACACUGGUCUUCGUAUAGUUGGCUUGUCGAACUGUGUGGCGAAUAGUAGAGAUUUCGGCGAAUGGAUAGGUGCCAAGAAGGACAAUAUCUACAAUUUCACGCCCGCUGAUAGAGUCUCACCAUUGCAAAUAAAAUUUCAGGCAGGUCCCCGAACUGACGAAAGCAAUAUCUACAUCCAGGACACGUUGUGGCCCCUGUGCACGGGAGUGAUGAAAUCCGGCUUUGACUACGACAAAACAAUCAUUUAUGUUCCAUCAAGAGUACAGGCAACUACGAUCGUGACCGAGCUUAUCAAACUAGCCCUUAGGGAUGACUUGAUCCAAGAACAACCGACGAAUGAGCUGGUGAAUUCUAUGCCUGCUUCAUUGUCUAGUAACCUUUUAAAAGAAUCUCUGAAGUGGCGCAUUGGCGCUUUACACCGAGAUUUAAACGAUGACGAUCGCCAAAUUGUCGAAGACCUUUUCGAGCGUGGGAAUAUAAAGAUUCUCAUCAUUUCCAGAGAUGUAGAAAUUUCUCAACUUCAAUCGAGCUCAGUGGUCGUCUUCGGUACAUGUUACUACGAGAGAAAUGAACAUCGCUAUGUCGAUUACACAAUAAACGAGGUCCAGAAUGUACUCAGUGUAGCCUGUGCAAAUUCAAGGCUCAACCAGGCUUUCAUCAUGACAAGCAUCACCAAAAAGGAAUACUAUAAAAAGUUUCUCAGCGAACCCCUGCCUGUUGAAAGCUUCAUGUACUACUACCUUCCCGAUGCUAUUUCACGGGAAAUCAGUACUGGUGUGAUUGAAACAAAGCAGGACUGUAUUGACUGGCUCACUUUUACUUUGUUUUACAGACGAAUUCACGGUAACCCGAGUUUCUACGGUGUGAAAGAUGUAUCGCCAGUUGGUAUAUCUGCUUAUUUAACAGAGCAGGUUGAAGAAGUAACUGAUGAUUUGGUAAAGUGGUCCAUCAUCGAAGUGGAAGAUAUUGAAGAGGUUCAUGAAGUCAAUGACGAUGAAGGCGGAGAUAACUCGAUCUUAGCCCCAUUAAACGGCUGUCUAAUAAGCGCAUAUUACAACAUUUCAUUCACGAGCAUGCAACUUUUUCAACGACAUCUGUCGAAAAGUUCUGGCUUGAGAAGCAUACUAGAUGUCUUGGCCUCUUCAUUCGAGUUGUGCGUUAUUAAAUUCCGUGAGACUGACAGGGAUACGUUAAACUCUCUUUAUGAUAAAAUACCUGUGAAAACUGCACUGAUCACCGAUUUUGAGUCACCGGCUUUCAAAACCUUUGUCUUAUUGCAAUGCCAUUUUUCGAGAAUACCGCUCGGAAACGAGUUAAGUCUUGAUCAAGCCUUCAUCUUGAAAAAAGCACCACAAGUGAUAAACGCAAUAGUUGACUUCAUGGCAGGAGAGGGACAUUUGAAUGCGACUAUAGCUAUGGAUUUAUCUCAAAUGAUCAUCCAGGGUCUUUGGGAUACAGAUAGUGCUUUAUUGCAGGUGCCUUACUUCGAUCGUUCCAUGGUGGAGAAGUGUAAGCAAAAGGGCGUUGAAACUGUUUUUGAUGUAAUGGCUCUUGAGGACGAGGAACGCGAUGAAUUACUAACGUUUGAACACGAGGAACUUGCAUCGAUUGCGUCGUUUGUCAACGCAUACCCGAAUAUAGAAUUAGAGUAUGCGCUCAGUGAGUCUUCCCCAGACUAUAAGACCGGGGCGCCUAUCAAAAUCUCUGUCACACUUACAAGGGACGAGGAGCCUGAGAACCUGCAAGUUGCCGCGAGCAGAUUCCCCUACUCAAAGAAUGAAAGCUGGUGGCUGGUAGCAGGAGAGCCGGCUACCAAAGAAUUACUUUGCAUCAAAAAAGUACCGCUUAACAAAGAAAUCCAGACCUACCAACUCGAAAUAGCGCUUGAUGAUCAAGGCAGUCAUGAUAUUACUAUAUGGUGCGUCAGUGACUCAUACAUUGAUGCAGACAAGGAAGUUUCUUUUCAGAUACGCGUCGACUAA